AUGUCCACCACCAACCAACCCCCCCAACCACCCAAACAAGCCGCCUACGACGAACCCAACAACCCCGUCACGCACAACCCCGUCGAGCAACGCGCUUCUACCCUCCAGAACCAAAGCCAAGGACACAGCGGUCGCAGAUACGGCGACGCAGUACCCUCCAUCGUGCGCGGGGCGGGCUCGCAGCCGUCGAACGCCUCCGCGCUCUCGGAAGUCCAACGGCGCCGCGAACGGGAACACGCGGCGAUGCAGAACGCCCCGGACGUCGAUCUCGAGUACGGCGUGGAGCAGCAGCCCAAUGAAGGAGACAUUGCGGCCGCGGUGGAAAGUAAGGGGACAAGACGAGAGCAGGCGGGCGCGCAUGCGGGUGCCGUGGGCAGCAUGCCGGGUCCUGGGUAUACGAAAUACGGGGAGAAGGGGUUGAUGUCGGAUAUGGAGCGGAAGAGGGAGGAGCAUGAUCGCGUGCUUGGAGAGAGGAUUGGACAUUCGCCGCCGGAGCCGGACGUGGAGACGGCGGAGAGGGAGACUCUGAGGCAGAGGAAGUUGGAGGAGGCGAGGAGGUUGGAUGCGAAGGCGGCGGUGCAGGAGGCCACGGGGGAUCGAGUUGUUGGGUAG